GGACUCGUUGACGACACGCAGCAGGGUGGAGACCGGCGACAGGAAGAUGGCGGCCGGCAAAUGAUGGCCGAGCCGGAGUUGGGCGUGGGAACCGUGCGGCUGUGAUUGUGGGAGCUCGGCCGCGGUUCGUCAUGUACCGAUAGGCGAGGAGGAGGAGAAGAAAAAGUAGAAUAAACAUCAAGCGAGGAAACGUCGAGAAACGCGGAGGAUGGAAGACGUUAGCUCGAACGUCAGCGCCGACCUGGAAGUACGGAAGCUGCAGGAGUUGGUUCGCAAACUCGAGAAACAAAACGAGCAACUAAGGACCCGAUCCACGCUCCUGAACCCCAAACAGCCGCCUCCUUCCCCUGCAGCCAGCGGCAAUGCGUGGCAGCCCCUCCCCGGCUCCUGCCCAGACGUUCCGAGUCUGGAAGGGGAGGCUCUGUCCCACUUUCCGCCCCGGGGAGGAGGCGUGUUUCAGCCGCCGGCCUCGGCCUCGGUGUUGGGCGGCAGUGAGAGCCCCGAGCAGGGGGAACGGACGGUGCUGGAUGAGGUGACGGCGCUGGAUCUGGAGACAAUGGCAUUGGAGGAUAAGGAGGAGGAGGAGGAUAGUUGGUUGUACACAUCACCAAAGAGGUUGCCAACCCCAGUUCAAAAAGCUUUUAGUCCAUUGCAAUGGUGCAGACAGGUGCUGGAUCAUCCAAGCUCAGAUAUUGAAACAGCCAAAAGGUCGUUAAUACAUAGGCUUGAUCAAACAAUAGCGGAGAGCAAAAGGCGAAGUCUGUUCAAUAGCUCUUAUUAUCCUGCUGGUUACCCAAGUUCUUUCAGUCCCAGUGGAGGCAGCAGUCCCUAUGGCAGCGGCUUCAGUUCCCCGUCAUCCACACCAGUCCGAUCUACUCCACUUGUGAAACAGUUGAUGACACCUGGAAGUGCAGGUCAUUUUAAAGGUUCCGUAGACCAGAAUCCUCCUAUUAGCCCUCCGUCAUCUGUGGAUAGUGAGCUAAGUGCUUCAGAAGUAGAUGAAGAUUCAUUGGGAUCUGGUUACAAGCUUGCUGAUGUCACAGAUGUGCAAAUCCUAGCUCGGAUGCAGGAAGAAAGCCUCAGACAGGAAUAUGAAGCCACUACCUCGAGGCGUAGUUCAGGUUCUUCCUGCCACUCACUGAGACGAGGUACAUUCAGUGAUCAGGAGUUUGAUGUUCAAAGUUUAGAAGAUGAAGAGGAAUGUGUUCCCCAUGCUCUGCAUCCCACCCUGAACCGAUUCACUCCAUCUCCACGGCACACCCCUCGAGCUUCACCAAGACACUCUCCUAGGAACUCGCCACGUUCACGCUCUCCUGCUCGGAGUCUGGAUUAUGGGAGAGCAUCUGUCUCGCCACAGCCCAUGAUUAGCCGUCUGCAACAGCCUCGUCUCUCCCUGCAAGGCCAUGCUACAGACCUCCAGUGUAAUAUUGUAAAAAAUGAAGAAAAGUUGAGACGUAGUCUUCCAAAUCUAUUCAGGACUUCUAAUGUACAGUCAUCAGAAUCUGUUAAAAACAGUAGAAGUUGUGACUCAAAUUUACAAGUGCCAAAUGGGGGAAUACCCCGAAUUCAGCAACAAGCUUCAGCGAUACCUUCUCCAAGUAAGCUCAGACUUCCUACAACACCAUCUCCAUUGGCGCUCCGACAGCCACUGAAAGCAAUGGCCAAUCCAGGGCCUGUUUCCACAAAUUCUGCAGCAAGUCACAAUAGUUCUGCAUCAGGGCCCUCUGUUCAAUGUCUCAGUUCUCCAAGUCACACUGCUGCAGGUGGCAUUAAUCCUAAUAAAGGACAAGUUGCAGGGAGUCGUAGUGGCUUGCCGCGACCUAGUGCCUCUACUGGAGGGGGAAUACCAGUGCCUCGGAGUAAGCUUGUACAGCCUGUUAGAAGGUCGUUGCCAACUCCGAAGACUUAUGGCAGCAUUAGAGAUGAAAGCUGGAAAGAUGGUUGCUAUUGAACUGAUUACACAAGAGUCUGAAGCUUGCUCCGCUACUAUUCCUGAAAUAAAAGGACUUUUUACUUACUGUUCAGAGAGAUUUAGUAGGAUUUGAGAAAAUCCAGUUCUCUGCCAUAAAUCAGCACAAGUUGGUGGAGAUCAUGGAGUAGCACUUUAUUGACAUUAAACAUCAGACUUUUUCAUACAUGUACAAUCGGUUUUUCCAUGACUGUCCAUUGUUUUAAUGCUUUUGAGCAAUUUGUCGUCAUUCAAAAAAAGCAGAAGUCUGGACACAAUCCCAAAAAUGCCAAAGAAAAAGAUUACAACAACCAUUGGUAGGGGAAAUGGAUAACUAACAUUGUUGAGACUUUAGAAUAAUCAAUAAAAGACUACUUGUGGAAUCCUGUUUUGUAGAAAUCAGAUAUUGUACCAGUUACAAAUUUGAUGUUCUGGAAGUAAAGCAGGGCACAAUUCCAUUAUCAUGGGCAGCUGGUGUCACAGCAAGCCAAAGCCCACUGGUAAUCUGAUUUAUUUCAGGACAAGAAAAAACAUCCAAAGUGUUAUAGUUAUGAAUACAUGGAUUAACAUAUAAGACAAAUUACACAUUUUUCUAAUUUUAUUUGUGAAAUUUUUGGAAGUUUGGCGGAGGGAGGGAAUGUUAUUUUAAUUUGUAGCAAUUUAUGUUAAUACCCAGUAGUAAUAUCUCACUGAAAUAUUAGCUUCAUGAUUUUUUGGUCACAACGUUAAAAUUGCACCAAUAAGUUAUCAUUGUAAAAGCUGAAAUGUAUUAUGAGCAAGUUGAUGUAAUUUUUGAUGCCCUGCCGGUGAUCACUGGAGUUGUGUCCUGUUGUACUGUAUAACUGACUGAAAAUUUAGUCAGAAAAGGCAAGUUGUAACCUGAAUGGUGCUUUGUGCAGAUAAAAUACAUGUGGAUAAAUGGCUUAAUUUGAAAGUUGAGUGUAUAUUGUGAGUGAGGCACUUUGUUUAACUUUUGCCCACACCAAGGAAAAAAAUACCUUCAGUAUCUUUUUUUUUGCAGUUGACAAUUUUUGUUUAAUUGCCAAAGGGCUUACUGUCAAGUGUGUUUUACACAAUUGCUUUUGUAAAAUUGUACAGCACUGGCUCAGGAAAGAAUGGCUUUAAUGUGCAGCCAAGUUUUCAGCAUGCAGUGUAUUAAUAGGACAUGUCUGUUUUGGUAACUUGUUUCCUUAAAAGGUAUGCAGUGAAAACUUGGUCCAUUCAAGUUGUAAUCUGAUCACACCACAGUGCUUAAAAUAAUAAUGCAACAUAGUUCUAUCUAAACUAUGCACUCAUAUACAAACAGUUGCUUGGAGCUGUUCAAUAAAUACUGCAGCCUAAUAGGUACUAUAUUCAGUAAUUACAUUGUUCAAAGACAUCACUACACUUGUGUAUAUUCUUACAAAAAAUUGAGUUUACAUUUAAAUAUAUUUGCCUACUACAGGGUGUGUUCUAAGUUUAUUAUUUUGCAGGUGAUGCCAUUAAAUAGCUUGAAUUGAUAUUCACGUGGUUAAUCAUAAGCUAAUUAUUUUGAAUUAUUUUUGGAUUUGGUUACAGGAACUUUUCCUUUCAAAUUUAGAAGAAAGCCUUUCCAAAUGCCCUUUAAUAUUAAAGUGCUUGAGCCUAUAAUACAGUGGGAUAGGAGUGCUAGGAGAGGUGGUCAGUGACUGAGUGGAGUAAACAUGAAAGUUAUCAGUGAGUAGACUGAGUGAAUGAGGUGGAUGUGGGAUGAUGGGUAACAGAUGAAUAGGGUGACUGAGUGGACAGUGUGAGGGGUAAGCAUGGAUUACAGAUGAUUAGGUUUGCAGUUAAUGUGUGAAUGAACAUGUGAUACUUUGUGAACAAAUAGUGAGCAAGUUGAAUGUGAUUUUUGUUUGUUUACUGAUCUAAAUGGCCAACUGAAGUGUCAUGUCAUCUCAGUUCUACAAGUUGGAUAGAUCUGAAAAACUCUGGAUGCAUGAGAAUGUAAUCGUGUGUUGAGGGGAAAGAACUUGUUCAAAUGUAAUCCUGCAUAUACAACUGUUUACUGUCAAUAUCUUUUUAAAUAUAUACCCAUAAAACUUGAUUGCCCUGUGAGUAAUUGCCUAAAUAAGGGAAUUAUAUUUAUUAUAUUUUACAAAUUGCCUUUUACUAUCUAAAAUCUAGUCCAAGAGAAUAGGCAGUGUAAGAGUUUGGCUUCAUUACAAAUAUUAUUUCUUAAUUUGUGUUGAGGUAAACAGUACUUUCAAAAGUUAGAGGUUUGGAUUAGUCCUUUCCACAGGAAGGAUAUUAUGUUUGAAAACUUGAUGCAGAAUGAAGGCUGGUAAAAUCUUCUAAACAGCACCUCGGGAGUGAAGUGAUGUAACCACAAACUCAUUCCAAGUUGUGGGACUUCCUUCAGAAAAUGACUACGAAUGUUGAUAGUGCACAAUAGUGGGUUUCUUUUGUUUUUAGUAGAAAACUUUUUUGUUUUAACAUGUUAUACAUACACGAGUAUACACUUGCACACUGCAAUUCUGCGAGACACAAUUGGGCAAAAAUAAAACCUUACGGUAAUCUUAAGAGUAUGUUGAUCAGUAAAAUGAAAGGCAUGUUACCACCCCACAGUGGUUUAGUUAACUGUAAGGAAUUAAUCACAUGUGACACAUAAACAACUUUGAACUAAAAUGCUGUGGACAAAAUAAACUUGCUUUCACCCUGAGAAGUGUGGAAUUCUUAAUUUUAUAUAAUGAAAAAUAGUGCCUAUAAUUUAAAUUCAUUUUUGAGGUUAUAAUUUUGUUUGUUGAAUGUGGGUUAAUUUUUGUGCCAAUAGCUUGAGUAUUGUCUACUCCAAUGUGAAUAAAUGGUCAUAUAUUGCUUUCAAUAUUUAAUUUUUUGCUCUAUGUAACUUUUGUAAUGUUAAUGAACUUGUUUUAAAAAAAAUGCAAGAAUCAUCUUGUUUGAAAAAAAUAAACAGUUCUUGACAUUGGAAAACUA